AUGAAGUACUUUUCCACCGCUCUUUCUUUGGCAGCCGGCCUGUCCCUGUCCCUGGCCAGCCCUACGUGGCAUGUGAGCCGCAGCUCUGCCGUCCUCCCGAGACAGGCCAACAGCUCCAAGAACCUGAUCGUCUUCGGCGACUCUUACUCCACCGUCGGCUUCUGGCCCGGCGGCACCCUCCCCGCCGCCGGUAACCCGCUCGGAAACCCGGCGCUUCCCGGCCAGACCACCUCGAGCGGCCUCAACUGGGUCGGCCACCUGACUAGCACCCUGAACACGUCCCUCAUCCUGACAUACGACUUCGCCGUCACCGGCGCCACCACCGACAAGGACAUCGUCGACACCUACGCCCAGUACUGCGUUGACGACCAGGUUGAUCAGUACAAGCAGUACGUGUCGAGCAAGGUCAACAAGGACAAUGCUCUCGUUGCCAUCUGGAUCGGCAUCAACGAUGUCGGCGAGCCCUUCUGGGACAAGCAGUCGGCUCCCGUCGACAAGAUCAUGGACCGCUACUUCGAGCUUCUGCAGACGUUGGCUGACGACGGCUUGAAGAACUUUGUCCUGCUCAGCGUUCCUCCCUUCUCGGACCAGAUUCCUGCCAUGAUCGGCCAGUCCGAGACCGACCUCCAGCGCCUCCGUGAUGACAUCAGCUCUUACAACAAGAACCUGUCCGACCGCCUGGCCACGUUCAAGUCCGCCAACAGCGGCGUCAAGGGACUCGUCUUCGAUACCAAGCCGUCUUUCGACACCGUCGUCGAGAACUUCGCCCAGUACGGGGCUAAGGAUGCCACCUGCUACGGCUCCAGCGACUGCAUCUGGGCUGACAACUACCACGCUGGUCUGGCCAUCCACAAGCUUGUCGCUGAGAACCUCGUCAAGGGCGUCGCCGCGAACUUUGUUUUCUAA